UACCGAAACAAGUAGGGAGUCAUUUGAGAUGAACAGUGAACACACAACAACAAUAAAACCUAUGUAGUUUCCCCACUCAUUUCUCUAAUCUCCUAUGUACUCUGUCGUUUUAUCGUUACAAGUUAAAACUUCUAUCACGUUCACAUGACACACUAGUUUAAUUACUAUAAUAUUUAUAAUUGUACUCAACUCUUGAAUUUUAACUUCGAACAAUGGAAAAAGAUUUAUUAAAUUUUAAGAAAUGGUUAAAAAAACUAGGCAUGGACUAUGAAGGCAAGAUAAACGACGAUAUUUUAAAAAAGAUGAUACCUCCUCAACGUCGAGAUAUGUGGCGCAAUAUAACUGAACGAGUUUUACCUCAAGAAGAAGUGUGUUUAAUAAAGAAGUCAAUUUUAUUACACAAACUCCAGAAACGACAUACACCUUUGAUGGCUAAAGUUGAAACAAUUGAUGAUCUCAACAAUGCUUGGAAAUAUGAAGAGCUUAUGACUAGAUACCUUAAAAUCCAAAAAGAAAUUGAAGAUACCAAAUUAAAGAAUAGUAAAUUUAAAGCCGAAGUACACGAAAGGAAUGAGCUAAAGAAAACGCUAAUUCAUAAUAUUGAAUCAAAUAAGAAUAAAAUGUAUUUGGUUAAACAAAAAGUAAACUUUUAUGAAGCUCUUAAUGACGAGUUAAACGAAGUGUCUGAUAUUUGCACGUUAUACACAACAGAACCCGAUGAUUGUCUGAUUAAAAGUGAUUAUGAGGAUUCUUUAAUAAAGUGCCUUAUUAAAGUGGACGAAGCCAAACAAAUGGGUGUAAUGCACGAAAGUAUUGGCAUCGGCAAGAAACUUUAUAAUGUUUUAUACUCAACCAUGAGUGAUAAAUCUCCAGAAAUUAUGGUUCAAACAAUUGAAAACAAUUUCAUUAAACGUAUUGAUAAAAGUAAUGAAAUAAUUGCUGAAGAUAAUGAGAUAGCAAACCAUGACAAGAGUAAAAAUGAAAAAUUGUUCAAUGAUAUAUUUAUGAAUCUUCAGAAAAAACAUUUAGAACUCAAAUCAAAGUUAUCUAUGGCAGUAUCGGAAAAAGAACUUAAAUUAAAACAGCUAAAAGAAACUAUGGUGUUGGUUGAAGCUGAGGUCACAAAUCAAUAUAAACUGAAAAAUGUAAUAUGCACUGACAAUGAAUUAUUGGCUUUUAAGUCAAAACUUACUUCAGCUAUAAAAUCUCUUGUUGUAAACAGUAUGAUGGAAUCAAAAACCGUAGAUUCAAAUUCAGUUAUAAAACUCGACGAUGAAACUUUUGGAGGUCUAAAUAUAAUUUUAGAUAAAAUUGAGAAGAUGGAAACUGAAAUUGUACAUAAAAGAGAGAUUGUUUGUGAAAUGUUAAGGGAACUAAGUUCUGAAAAAAGUUAUUUUGGAAUAAAAGAAGCACAAAUAGCAUUAGAUAAUGUAGCUAAAGAUUUUUCUGAAAGAAUCCACGAAAGAGGUCAACUAAAUAACAAACUGGAAGAUUUAAAAGAUAUUUCAAAGUGUGAUAUAGCUAAUAUAGACAAAUUGCAACCUGAAGUUUUUACAAAGUCAAGUCCAAUCAAUUCAAAAACUAUUGAAGAUAUGAUACUGUUGUCCAAAAUGAUCAAUGUAGUUAAAGAUUUCACUAUGAAACUUGAGCAAUCAAAUAAUCUUGCUGAUGUACAAAAUGAUUUUGAAGAUAUCAAAGAACAAGAAAAUAAACAUCGAUUGAAAUUUGAGUCAAUAAUAUCUGAAGUAGAGAAAAACAUAAUACAGCUACAACCAAGUAUUGACGAUUGUAAACUUGUUGCUAAUAUGAUGCACUCAAAAUGGUUCAAAGAUAUACUACUAAAACAAGAACAUCCAAGGAAGAAGUAGCCUAUUUCAAUUAUCAAAAGUCAAUUUUUGAUUUUAAUUACUUUUUAGUGCAUUCUAAAGAGUAAAAAUAUUUUUAAGUUAAAAGGAAUAAUAAUUUAGUCUACUUUUUUUAAAAUUGUGUCUUAUUGUGAUUAUUUUCAAUUAUUUUAUAAGUCUAAUUUUUACCUUAAAUUAAUUAU